AUGUCUGGGAAAGAUAAAUUGGCGAUUUUCCCUUCUCGGGGAGCCCAAAUGUUAAUAAAAGGCCGUUUGGCUGGAGCACAGAAAGGGCAUGGUCUCUUGAAAAAGAAGGCUGAUGCUUUACAAGUCAGGUUCCGUAUGAUCUUAAGCAAAAUCAUUGAGACAAAAACUCUGAUGGGUGAAGUGAUGAAAGAGGCUGCAUUUUCCCUGGCAGAAGCUAAGUUUACGACCGGUGACUUCAACCAAGUGGUGCUUCAAAACGUUACUAAAGCACAAAUUAAAAUUCGCUCCAAGAAAGACAAUGUUGCCGGUGUAACUCUCCCAAUAUUUGAGUCCUACCAAGAUGGUUCCGACACAUAUGAGUUAGCUGGUCUGGCUCGUGGUGGGCAACAGCUUUCCAAGCUGAAGAAGAACUUCCAGAGCGCUGUCAAGCUGUUAGUAGAGCUUGCUUCCCUACAGACAUCAUUCGUCACCCUGGACGAGGUCAUCAAGAUAACCAACCGUCGUGUCAAUGCUAUCGAGCAUGUAAUUAUUCCCCGUCUGGAGCGUACCUUGGCCUACAUCAUCUCCGAGCUGGAUGAGCUGGAGCGUGAGGAGUUCUACCGCCUCAAGAAGAUACAGGACAAGAAGAAGAUCAUCAAGGACAAAGCCGAGGCGAAAAAAGCUCUAAUGUUGGCAGCCAACCGUGACCAGGACAUGAGGGACAGUGUUGCCAACUUGUUGGACGAAGGCGAUGAAGAUUUGCUCUUCUAA